CUUUCGUAUUUACUUUGUUCAUGGCGUGUUGUGCAGUAUUGUUAUUUAUUAUAAGAGGUUUUUGUUCGAAUAUUUAAAAGUGCUUUGGAUCAAUGAUAUUUUUAUUAGAUGUUAUUAGUUGUAAUAUCACAUGUACUUACUCUGUUAUAGAUUUCUUAUAAAAAACUAUUUAUAAGUAGAAAUAAUUUGUUGAUUAAUCAUGGACGAUUCUGAGCAAUGUCAAUUUUAUGUAAAACGAAAGAAACGAUUCUGCCGCAUGACAGUAAAGCAAGGAAAUAAGUACUGUGGUGAACAUCGUAAUAUAGACCCAGUUCUGGGCACUAACGAGGAUGGUAUUCUGAAUGUUAAAAGAGUAGAGUGUCCUCUUGAUCCAACUCAUACAUGUUAUGAGACAAAAUUGGCCAAACACUUAAAAGUAUGCAAUGCCAAACGUGUGAUUGAUAUGCAGCCUUCGUACAUAGUAAAAGGAAUUAAUUUGGAUGUGAACUGCAAAAAUCCAGUGCAUGUACCACUUCCACAAUUAGAUCAAUCGAUCCUGGAGACUGUAUUAAACAAAAUUAAUAUCGCAUACAAAAAGUUACCUACGUUUCCUGAAGCAAUACUAACUCAUGAAAUAUUGGAGGAUGAGCUUAAUAAUACCACAUAUGGUAAAACUGUUAGAAAACAUUUACUCCAAAAUGCAUCUUUACUCAAGCAUUUAGAAAGAGUUAAUUUAAUUCGCGAGAAUACGUGUUUUAUUGAGUUUGGAGCAGGGAAAGGAAAACUGACAUAUUGGUUGGCACAGAUGAUAAAAAAGGAUAGUAGUUCUUCAAUUGUACUAGUGGACCGUUCGAGUCACAGACAUAAGAGCGAUAACAAACUCAAAAAUGAAGACUGCAGCCUUGGGGUAGUCAGAAUACGAGCAGAUAUUGCAGACCUUCGACUAAGCUCUGUUCCAGAAAUAAAAGAAUUUAAUUAUAAAGUUGGAAUUGCUAAACAUCUCUGUGGUGCAGCAACUGAUCUGACUAUACGUUGUCUAGUGAAUUCAGUGCAGGAUAAAAUCAAAACGCAUGUAGCUGGUUUGAUAAUAGCAUUUUGCUGUCAUCAUAGAUGCGAAUAUGCUUCAUAUGUCGGAAAACAAUAUUUAGCAAAGUGCGGUUUCACAGCUGAUGAGUUUCCCAUUUUAUGCAGUGUCGCAAGCUGGGCUACAUGUGGUACAGGUUUGAGUAAAGAGACCAGAGUAAAGAAUAGUAAAGAAGAAAGCAAAAACACAAAUUUAACAAAAAGCUCAGCAGCUAUCCAAGACCGUGAGGCUACUGGAAGGAAAGUAAAAACACUUUUAAAUUGGGGACGAGUAGAAUAUUUACAAGAUGCUGGAUUUGAUUGUCAAUUAUUAUAUUACACUACUUUUGACGUAUCAUUAGAAAAUAUGUGUAUAAUAGCCAAAAAGCAUAAUGUACAUUAAAAAUAUAAAAAUAAUAAAAAUCUAUUUAA